CCUUCUUCUCCUAAUUCCACAGGGAAGGAGGGAAUGGCUAAUAUGAUGGGAGAUGCUGCAAAACCAUGCUUUGCCAGACGUAAUAAAGAGCGAGGAAUUUUAAAUGAAGAGGAUUUCCAGAAGUGUGCUGUACGUCAUGAUUACCAGUUAAUGGAUGAUUAUGGAAAUGGGUACACCAACAAGAUGGACAUAGGACUUGAGAAGAAGAAGGGUGCCCCGGGUCAUUGUGGAACAAGUCCUAGAAAGGGAGCACAUGGUGCUUUGAGUAAUCCAAUUUCUUCUAAAAACAUUGUUUACAAUCAAGGGGUAAGAAUAACCGAUACCUCAAAAGACCAAAUUAAGAAAUGGGUAUCCGACAACCAUCACACUAAUUCAGACAGUUGGAGAGAGUACAGAUCUACAGCCCGGAUUCCUGUGAUUAUCAGGCCACGGAAGGAUUCUUCUCAUGAAUGUGAGAACCUAGGAAACAGAAAUGGAAGACGGCAGCUGCUGGUAGACCUAACAAGUGAAGAUAUGUCAGAUAGGAAAGGAAAUUCAGAAAUGAAGAAGCAUAGGAGGUCAAGGAGAUCACGAAGGACAAGAAAAAAAGAGAAUGAUCAAGAUGAUGAAAUAGACGGUCCAGUUAUAGAUGAGUCUCUGUUGACAGCAAAAGAAUUACUAGGACUGCAGCAGGCUGAAGAACGACUUAAACGAGACUACAUUUACAGGCUGAGGAAGCGACCACGAUGCUACCCAACAGCCAAAUAUACUUGCAAAUUAUGUGAUACUUUGAUUGAAUCUGUGGCAUUUGCUCAUAAGCAUAUAAAAGAAAAAAGACACAAGAAAAACAUAAAGGAAAAACAAGAACAACAGCUUCUGACAGCGCUACCUCCACCAGCACCUUUACAAAUUGAAGCUAUUGGGAUUGCCAUUGAGAAAGUAGUGCAAGAGUUUGGGUUAAAUAAUGAAGAUUUGGAACAAAGGCUUGGAAUUAAAACUACCAUGGAAAAUGUAUUGCAUAAGAAAUUACCAGAUUGUUCUCUAAGACUAUAUGGCUCUUCCUGUAGCAGAUUUGGUUUCAAAAACUCAGAUGUAAAUCUUGAUAUUCAGUUUCCCGCCAGUAUGUCUCAACCAGAUGUUCUCUUAAUCGUACAAGAGAGCCUGAAGAACUGUGACUCUUUUAUUGAUGUUGAUGCAGAUUUCCAUUCUAGAGUGCCUGUGGUGGUGUGCAAAGAAAAACUAAGUGGCCUUGUUUGCAGAGUAAGCGCGGGAAAUGAAAAUGCUUGUCUAACGACAAACCACUUGGCUACACUAGGGAAAUUGGAACCUCAUCUUGUGUCCCUAGUUACUGCGUUCAGACACUGGGCUAAGCUAUGUUGUGCAGAUCGUCCUGAAGAAGGCGGCUUACCGCCUUAUGUGUUUGCUCUAAUGGUUAUUUUCUUUCUGCAACAGAGGAAAGAGCCAUUCCUGCCAGUUUAUUUAGGAUCAUGGAUUGGUGGAUUUUCAUUGAACAAAUUAGUGAACUUUAAUCUAAAAGAGGUUGAGAAUGACAUUGUGGUGUGGGAACACAGUCCUGCUAUUGAUGAUCCCAGUUCUUCAAAGGAAUCUUCUAAGAGGGGCAAGGUUCCCUUAGUAUUUGAUUCAGAUCACCAAUGUUCAGUCCCAGUUGGACAACUCUGGGUUGAACUGCUUCGUUUCUAUGCCUUGGAAUUUAAUUUGGCUGAUUUAGUAAUCAGCAUACGCCUCAAAGAAAAAGUGUCUCGGGAAUCAAAGGAUUGGCCUAAAAAGCGGAUUGCUGUGGAAGAUCCUUACUCUGUGAAGAGAAAUGUGGCAAGAACCCUUAAUAGUCAACUGGUAUAUGAGUAUAUUCUUCACUGUCUACGGGCAACAUACAAGUAUUUUGCCAUGCCUCAUAAGCAGAGUACAAAAAACAACCAGAAGACACUUCUGGAAUCCCCAGCACUCCUAGAGCCCGAGGAGACUGCUUUUAAACAUGAUGUUCCUGUUACACAGAAUGAACAUAAUGAAGCAGAGAAAACUGCAAUGGGCAGUUGUACAACUGCUACCAAGACAAGUUUAUAUUUUUCUCAGGAACAAAUGUAUGAACCUUCUGAAAACUUUGAUGCUGAAAGCUUUGUGGAAGAACAGUUGGCAGAAGGUAUAAGCCAUUUACAAAUUUCUCAUGAGGACUCAGACUGCAUAAUUGAAGAAUUUAUUUCUGGAGACAACGAGGAGUUUAAACCAAGCUGUGAAGAGACAGAGAGCGGAAAUGAAGGGGAAGAAGAUGAGCAUGAAUUUCUGAAAAAAUUGCUAGAACGUGCAGGUAUUAAUCAAGGUUUGGAUGAAGACAUUGAAAGUGGAGACCUUGCAGUUCCAACUAAUGAACAUGAUGUUGAAAAUGACAGCAUUUCUGAUUUAGAAAGUUUUCAAAACACAGUUAGUUCUCUUGAUGACUUUGGCUUACAGUGCAGUGGUAUGCUAGAUGGCAAGGUUGAUGAUGAGGAGAGCACAGAAGAUACUGAUGAGCUUGAUGAGUCUCUAAUCAAGUUGGAACCACCAACUCAGGAACAAGUAUUUGAAGUGGAUAACUCAGAGGAGGAAGUAGAGGAGGAGGAGGAGGAGGAUGAAGAGGAGGAUGAAGAAAACAGUAUUGUAAACCAGAGACAUGGAAAUGCUGUCAAUACCGAAGAUGAACUGGACAACACAUACACUGGAUCUGGCCUGGAAGAGGCUCUGUCUGAAGAAGAACUGUUUAUAUCUGUUAAAUAUGAGAAUACAGAGUUCAGGAAGAGUGCAGAUGAGCUUCCAAGGGUAGAUGUGAACAAAGAAGAUAGUGCUGAAAAAGAAGUAUUUUCAGAAAGUAGCAUACCUAUAGAUCAAUGUAGCAAAUCUGAAUUCUUCUAUGAAUUUAAUAAAUCUGCUUUCACAAAAGGCAAGUCACCUACAGUUGUUUGCAGUUUGUGUAAGCGAGAAGGUCACCUAAAGAGGGAUUGUCCAGAAGACUUCAAAAAAAUUGAACUAGAUCCUUUGCCACCAUUAACCCUGAAGUUUUCCAGUACAUUGGAUCAAGUGUGCAUCCAGUGUUACAAGGAUUUUGCUCCAACUGUUCUAGAGGACCAGGCUCGUGAAUAUAUACGGCAAAAUCUUGAAAGUUUUAUCCAGCAAGAAUUUCGAGGUACUAAAUUAAAUUUGUUUGGCUCUUCAAAGAAUGGAUUUGGCUUCAAGCAAAGUGAUCUUGACAUCUGUAUGACAAUUGAUGGUCUGGAAACUGCUGAGGAACUGGAUUGCAUAAAAAUUAUUGAAGAACUUGCAAGAGUACUCAAGAAACAUUCAGGUCUAAGAAAUAUCUUGCCCAUUACAACUGCAAAAGUGCCUAUUGUUAAGUUUUUUCAUGUCCGGAGUGGUCUUGAAGUGGACAUCAGCUUAUAUAAUACCUUGGCUCUCCAUAACACAAGACUCUUAUCCUGUUAUGCAGCUAUUGAUUCCAGAGUAAAAUAUCUCUGUUAUACAAUGAAAGUAUUUACUAAGAUGUGUGACAUUGGUGAUGCAUCUAGAGGUAGCCUCUCUUCUUAUGCCUAUACUCUUAUGGUGCUCUAUUUCCUUCAGCAGAGAAGCCCACCUGUCAUUCCUGUCCUUCAGGAGAUCUACAAAGAACCAAAGAAACCUGAAAUGCUGGUUGAUGGUUGGAAUGUCUAUUUCUUUGACAGACUAGAGGAACUGCCAGCAGUUUGGCCAGACUUUGGUAAAAAUAAAGAAUCUGUUGGUGAAUUAUGGUUGGGACUGCUGCGUUUUUAUACUGAAGAAUUUGAUUUUAAAGAGCAUGUUAUUUGCAUCCGAAGAAAAAGUUUGCUGACAACAUUCAAGAAGCAGUGGACUUCAAAAUACAUAGUUAUUGAAGAUCCUUUUGAUCUGAAUCAUAAUCUUGGUGCUGGAUUAUCAAGAAAAAUGACUAACUUUAUAAUGAAGGCUUUUAUCAAUGGAAGGAGGGUAUUUGGCACCCCAGUAAGAGGAUUACCUAAAGAAUAUCCCUCAAAAAUGGAAUAUUUUUUUGAUCCUGAAGUAUUGACAGAAGGAGAACUGGCUCCAAAUGAUAGAUGCUGUAGAAUUUGUGGUAAAAUUGGACAUUUCAUGAAAGACUGUCCUAUGAGGAGGAAAUUGAGAAGACGGCAUGAUAGUGAAGAUCCUCAAAACCAAAGAUACACAGAAAACAAAGAAAAAAGAAGUAGAGAGGAAAAGGACACCACAGUUAAAAGUACAGAAAAAGAAGUUUCACUAAAGGAUGGGAAACUACAGAUAUGUAUACUUAAUAAAAACAAAUUGUGCCGUGGAACAUUGGAAACUGGAAAAGAAAAGACUCACAAGCAGCCGGUAGAGAAAUGGAAGCGACAGGAAGAGAGAGAUUUAAGAGAAAAGCGUUGUUUUAUAUGUGGAAGAGAGGGACACAUUAAAAAAGAAUGCCCACAACACAAAGGAUCUGCAGGUGUUUUGAAGUUAGAAAGUCCAUGUGGGUCCCCUUUAUCCAGUGCUGUGAAAUACUCUGGUCAACUAAAUCAGGGACUACUUCCACAGGAAGAAAAAAAGAAACAGAAAGGAAAAGUGUUCUUGAGUCCCCCGUCAGGCAGCCUUACCAGUAAAUAUAUGACUCAGGUAAAAGCUUCACAGAAGAGGCCCCAUCAAGAUUCAUGAGAAACUGAAGCAAUCUUUUAAGAUGCAAUACAGGCCGUCCAUUUCCUUAAGAAAUGUUUAUUUUCUUUAUAGCCUCUGGGUUCACAAAACAGCAGCACACUCUUCAUCAUAAGUUUAAAGAAAAACUUAUUUUAAUUAAAUUGCUACAGUUGAAAAAGCAAUGGAUUUUAAUGUUUCUUCAUAUCAUGAAUCCCUGCUCUUGCUAUAUUGGGCAUUUUAAUAGAAAACCAUGUUUGUGUUUACUACAUCAAACAUGUAGAUCAGGGAUGUCCAUAACUCAAACCACUUCUAAGUGUUUCUACAUUCAGUCUGAAAGAUUGAUUGCACUUAAAUGGUGUGCAAGCCAAAUAUAGUGUCACCUUCAAAAUAUUAUUUUUGAAGGAUAAAAGUGGUAUUUAUUAAUUGAUGAACAUUUUCCUGAUUCCUUGUGUGAAAAGUGUUUGAUAUGUCUGGACUGCUACUGCCGUAUUUGCAAAUAUUUUAAUUUGUGGGACACUAAAACAUGGACAUUUAGUGAAGUUCUAGAUAAACUCUCUGGAAAAGCAAUGCCAUUGAGUGAAUUCUUCCCUUCUGCUAUUUUAUAUAAUUGAAAUGCUGCUGUGCUUGUGUACAGAGAAAUGGAAAAGCCAGUUCCAUUUGCUGCUGCUGCUGCUGCUGCUAUGAUUCUUUUCCCCAUUGUCUACGACACUAAAGCAAAGUUCCUCUAAGGAAUCAAAAGGUGUAUUUGGCAGUUAAAAUAUCCAUCUGCUUUUUUGAAAGGAUAAAAAUGAUGAUCUAUGUGCUGGUGAAGGAGUUACUUUUGUACUUUCAUGGAGGCUUAAUGUCAGGAUUUCCUGGAGAUGGUACGGUAGACACUUUCCAUGAAAAGUAUACAGGAAAAAAAAGACCAAAAAAAGCCACUGUUAUUUAUGACAUUGAAAUAAAACAACCAAGUGGGGAAAAAAUUAAA